UUCAAAGCUAUCAUAUAUGGGUUCUCUUAAUGUGGGCUUAAUAUGGUGCCAUGUGGAGCAUAAAUGGCCGGCCAUUAUCAAGGCGGAGACGCUGUCUGUUUUCGCUGCUCGCUGCUUGAAAGAAACAUAUCAGGUAAUAUUCUGUCGCAUUUUUUCUUUGAUGGUUGUAAUUUGCAAUCUCUCUGUGAGUACUAGCUGGCAAAUAUACUGACUCUACACAGCACUGGAGAAAUACAAGAAAGAGAGUGGACAUCUUGUUACUCCUAGGUAGAGACAUUCAACUGAAUUUGGCUCAAGUUGCAAUCAGAACAUUUCAUAGAGGUCACUGCAUAAAAAAUAAUGUCGAAUGGGGACCGUAGACAGAGUAUACGUUUAUUUGCACUUGAAACACAGAGGGCACAGCAAAAACAGAACCAGAAUCUGAAUAAGGGAAAAAAGGCUGGUGGUACCAAAGAACAUCACGCAAAUGCUGCUACUAUGCCAUCUGGAAAUUCUUUACCAGAAAGAAGCAAGCUUCAACUGUUGCUUGGUAAACUGAAAAGGAAAGAUGUGUAUAGUAUAUUCUCAGAGCCAGUAAAUCCUGAAGAGGUGGAAGAUUAUUAUCAUUUCAUCAAAGAACCAAUGGAUUUUGGCACAAUUACAACAAAACUUGAAGGAGGAAGCUAUAAAACACUGCAAGAAUUUGAGCAUGAUGUAACACUGGUAUGGAGAAAUGCUAUGCUUUUCAACGAUUCAAGUACCGUUUAUCACAAAGAGGCUUGUGCGAUAAGAAAUCUAGCGAAGAAGUUGUUUAACUCUUUGAAAACUGACCCUGAGAACUUUGUGGAAUUACCAAAAACUGGAUGCAGAGGUGGAAAAAGAUUCAAGUAUUCAGAAGUAAAUCGAAGCUCUACCUAUCGACCUCUGAAUACAUCACUCAAUGAGAAUGAGUCGAUAGUAUCUGCAGUCUGUCUGAGCCCACAAGAGUUAGUGCAGAAUAGGGAUGGACACGGUGAAAGCCUACUGCAGUUUGUUAAAAAUCUAGGACCUUCUGCUAAUACAUUUGCUGGUCCAAAGUUACAAGACCUUAAUGGAGAAUCAAUCGAGGCCAUUCCAGAUCGAGACACUAGGAAUUUCAGCUUCACGAAUGCCUUACUUGGAGACGAGAAUCCUGAAUGGGACACAUACAGUAACCUUGGGGGAAAACCAGGCAGCAACUUGCAUAAGUACCAAAGGAUUGCUGAUAUAGGAAGUUAUUCCAGCACUGUGGAGGAGGCAGGCCAAGACUGGAAACGGUUCAGGCCAACAGAGGCACCGCCACAACCUGUUUGUAGCCAAUCCACAUCAGCUGGCUGGUCCUCACAGUGGCUUGAGAUUGGUCCAUCAACCUCUGAUGUGAAGAAGUCAGUAGCAGGCCAAGAGAAUGGCUCAGGCCAAGAUUGGAAACGGUUCAGGCCAACUGAGGCACCACCACAGCCUGUUUCUAGCCGGCUGUUCCUGCCUCAAUCAACAUCAGUUGGCUGGCCCUCACUGAGGCGUGACAUUGGUGCAUCAACCUCUGAUGUGAAGAAGUCUAUAAGUUUAAAGGACAUAGAUGAAUGGCUCCGCUACCUUUGA